AUGGGAGUUUUAUACCUUAGUCUCUUUAGAGGAUGGUGUUUUACAUCAAAUUCUGCUCAUCAUCAUAAUGGCCGAAUUGUUCUUGCUUGGAACCUGCUGAGUUCUGAUGUGGAUAUUCGUGGUUGCACCAGCCAAUAUAUUCACACUACUAUUAGACCCAAGCAUGCGGAUCCGUUUGAGGCGACCUUUCUUUACGCUUCGAAUGAUUCAAAAGAGCGAAGUGGCCUUUGGAAUGAUCUUAUGGUAAUUUCUCGAACUCAAACUAAUCCUUGGAUGCUCUUAGGGGAUUUUAAUUAUGUUAUGUAUCCGGAAGAACGUGUUAGUGCUGGAAAGCCUACAAAAGACUUUAAAGUUCUUAGAAAUUUUGUGGAGAACUGCACUUUAUCAGAUGUGAAAUAUACAGGGUGCUUCUUUACUUGGAAUAAUAAGCAGGUAGGCAAUUAUCGGGUCUUUGCUAAACUGGAUAGAGCUCUUGCUAACCAGUUGUGGUUGGACAGAUUCACUAGUGCUGAAGUUCAUUUUUUCCCGGAAGGGGAUUUUGACCAUAGCCCUCUUCUCUUGGCUGUUUAUCCUACUCAUAGCAAUGGCUUAAAACCAUUCAGAUUUUUUGACAUGUGGUGUUCUCAUCUGGACUUUAACAAGAUGGUUUUGGAGAGUUGGAAGGAGCCGGUCAUUGGUAAUUCCAUGUAUUGCUUGUGUGUGAAGCUGAAGCGUGUUAAGUCUAUCCUUCGUGAGCUAAAUAGGAAAGGGUUUGGUGAUGUGGAAAUUAAAGAGGCUACCUCGAGAGAGCAUCUUUUGGAGUGUCAACUUGCUGUCAACAAAGAGCCCCUUAACCAUGUCCUUAUUGAGGCUGAAUUAAAAGCUAGAGAAGACCAUAAGGAGGCUUCUAAAAAUUAUAUAUCUUUCCUUCAGCAAAAAGCUAAAAUGAAUUGGCUAAAGGAUGGAGAUAACAAUACCAAGAUUUUUCACUCUAGCAUCAAGAAGAGAAGGAAAUGA